AUGGUCUCGUUACAUACCCUUCGGGUUAAAUCAUUGCACGACGAGAGACGUCGGCUGUGGAGUACUGCAUUCAGCGACAAAGCUCUCCGUGGCUACGAGCAACGACUGCAGAAAUACCAACAAAAGUUAAUAGACCAUAUCAUACUGUUUAACGGUCAACCUAUCAACGUCAUAAAGUGGUUUAACAUGUAUAGUUUUGACUUUAUGGGCGAUUUGGCAUUUGGGAAAUCAUUUGACUUGUUGGAAAAUCAGGACUACGGAGCAAUUGACUUGUUCAAGAAUGCUUUUCAUGCCCUAAGCUUUGGCUUUCCUGCGUGGUUUCUCAGGCUCUUAACCGCAGUUCCAGGAUUGACUCGGGACUGGUGGAAGUUCAUUGAUUUCUGCGCUCAUCAGAUACAGCAGCGACUUGAAAAUCCUGUAGCCACUCCCGAUAUAACGUCAGCUCUAUCCGCACCUUUGAAUGGAAAAGAACCUACGCGCAAAGAAUGGGACCUACUACGUGGUGAUUCUCAGCUAAUUGUGGUCGCCGGCAGUGACACUACUGCAACCACUCUAUCGACCAUCAUUUACGAGCUCGCACGAAACCCCAGACAUAUUGAAUUACUGAGACAAGAACUUGCGUCGCACGUGGAGCCAUCGGGUGAAGUAUUAAACGAAAAUAUUGCCAAGUUGGAACAUCUGAAUGGAGUGAUAAACGAGGCACUUCGCUUACACCCUGUUGUUCCAACCACAAUACAGCGAAAGACUCCACCAGAGGGUAUCACCAUCGGUGAUGUAUUUAUUCCAGGGGACACCACAGUCAUAUGCCCACAAUAUGUGCUAGGAAGAAGUAAAGACGUUUACAAGAAUCCAAGCGAAUUCAUCCCCGAGCGCUGGUCGACCCGCCCAGACUUGAUCAUAGAGAAAAGCGCAUUUGCGCCAUUUUCCACUGGCCCUUACGGUUGCAUAGGUAGACCCUUAGCUCUACUUAAUAUUCGAACAACUAUUGCCAGACUGAUAACUACCUUCGAUUUAUCGUUCGCGCCUGGCGAGAAUGGUCAGAGAUUCGAGAACGACGCUAAGGAUGCCUUCACGAUUGGCUUUGGGGACUUGAUGAUUUCUUUUCGAAAGCGAUCUUAA